ACAUCAAGAACUAGAAUUCUCACCCCCCCUUAACACAUAAUCUGAUACUCAAAAUCUAGCAUACACAUGGCAUGGUCAACCUCCUCCACUAGCACCCCCCAAGAAAAACACGAGGUGUUCCUCAGCUUUAGGGGUGAGGACACCCGUUACACUUUCACUGGCCACCUUCAUGCCACCUUAACAAGACUCCAAGUAAACACAUACAUAGAUUACAAUCUUCAAAGAGGGGAUGAAAUAUCAUCAUCACUUCUUAAGGCCAUUGAGGAUGCAAAACUUUCUGUCAUUGUUUUUUCCAAAAACUAUGCAAAUUCAAAGUGGUGUUUGGAUGAGCUUGUCAAAAUACUCGAAUGUAAGAGGAUGAGGGGGCAAAUUGUGUUGCCCAUUUUCUAUGACAUAGAUCCUUCCCACGUGCGAAAUCAAACGGGAAGCUAUGCUGAGGCAUUUGUUAAACAUGGGACACACUUGGAUGGUCAAAUGGAUAGAGUGCAAAAGUGGAGGGAGGCUUUGAGAGAAGCCGCUAAUUACUCCGGUUGGGAUUGCUCUGUCAAUAGGAUGGAAUCUGAACUUAUCGAGAAAAUUGCGAAGGAUGUGUUAGAAAAACUAAAUCGAGUGUAUGUGGGUGACCUAGAUCAGCAGAUUGCAAAGUUAGAGAAACUUGCACAGCUUCAAUAUCAGUUUUUUCAAAAUAUAACCUCCGCAGAAAAUUGGAAAAACCAUGACGCAACUGUUCAACGUAUCACAGAACUUAAAAUGGAGAGAAGUGUUCGCAUGCUUCGCUUGUCACCUGACAUGCUUUCACAUUUGGAGAAUUCAAACAAUGAUAAUCCUUUUCUGUUCUAAUGUAGUAUUGUGAAGUUCCGAUGUGAUGAGUUUUCUUAAUUUCAAAAUUAUAGUUAGCCGAUUUGUAUUUCUGAUCAAAUGUUUCCUACGAUUAUGAGAAAUUUAAAUAUGAAUUAAUAAUUUUUUUGUUGAUUCUGAUCCAUCUUUCUUUGUAAAAUAUAUAAAUGUUAGUAGAUGAUUUUAUUAUUUUCCCCCGAUCUAAUAUCACUAUAAAUCUUUAUGAUGUGUCAUGCAAUUCGGGAUUGUGUUAGCUGACAUCCCCCUUAAUUUGAAGUUUCACAUCUAUUGUAAGUUGUGAAACCAUUGUAUAAG